AUGCCCUCCAAACAGCCCCAGACGUCGCUGUUUCAGGUGUUCCUCCGCCUGCGUCCUCCCAUCGCCCAGAAACAUGAUGAAUCCGACAGAUUUCUUACGGUCGAGCCGCCGACAGAAUCGCAAGGCGGCGGCGAGAUUAUCACUCCAGUGCCAACCCACAUCACCCUACAGCCUCCUACUGAUUCACGAAAACGUGCCGUCGAGAAGUUCGGCUUCACCAAGGUCUUUGAAGAAAGCGCCGAGCAACUCGAUGUCUUCCAUGACAUUGGAAUGGACUCCUUGGUUAGGGGAGUCCUGAAAGAAGGACGAGAUGGCUUAGUCGCAACACUGGGCGUUACAGGAAGCGGAAAGGUGCGAUUGCCUCUAGUUUGUUGUCAUGGAACCACUGCUAAUCUGAAAUUGCACGUUCAGAGUCACACCAUUCUCGGAUCGAAAUCGCAACGCGGCCUGACCCAAAUGGCCCUUGAUGUCAUCUUCCGAUCGCUGGAGCCCACUGUGAAAACCGAGGAUGGAAGCAUUAGUCCCAUGAUGCUUGCCUCACUGGCCACCGGUGACACUUCGGAAGCCCAAUUAUUUUCGGCGCAAACAUUCCUGGAUGCCGUCUAUGGCGACCCCAAUGGUGGCCGUACCUCGAGAGCCCAGACUCCGAUGAGCCCGUCUCGCGCGCACACCCCACUUACGGUACGGAGCCCCAUUUCCCUGAACACCAUCGAAGGAUCGCCGCCUCUACGUGAGCCCGCUGGAUACGGUAUCCCAAGAUCAUACACAAGUCCCGGAAGCCCUCGAAAUGCCGGCCCAAGCCCGCAAGAUAUUCCCAUCCUCACGGAUCGUCAUGGCCUUAGCCCACUGUCGCCUGAGCGCUUUGGAAGAGCAGCCCAAGGACCCUUUUUUCCACUCCCCUACACCCGUCCCAAUGUGCAGAAGGAUCGUUUAGCUAAAUCAAGACUUUAUGUCUAUAAGGAACCGACCCCGGCUUUGGCUUUUCCUCGUCGUCAAUUGCGUGAACGAGCUACAACAGCAGCCCCGAGACUCCCCGAUAUUAGCCACCUCACUGUCAAUCUGAAUGAAAAGUCUGAUUACGUUGUCCUGGUCUCGAUGUACGAGGUUUACAACGACCGAAUCUUCGAUCUCUUGUCCCCGUCAGUUGCACAGGGAAAUACCAUGUCCCGUGGAAAUACUCAAAAGGAUCGACGACGCCCUCUACUGUUCAAGCCAACCGAGGGAUCGCCGGAUCGUAAGGUAGUUGCUGGACUGCGCAAGAUCGCCUGCAGCACUUACGAAGAGGCAUUGGCCAUCCUCGAUGUUGGCCUUACAGAACGAAAGGUCACUGGAACGGGGUCCAACAGUGUCAGCUCCCGAAGCCAUGGCUUUUUCUGUCUGGAGGUGAAGAAGUUGUCGCAUAGCAAGCGGGGUGAAACUAACUGGGUGGGCAAUACUUUGACCGUCGUGGAUUUGGCUGGCUCCGAGCGUGCCAGAAAUGCUAAGACUACCGGCUCCACUCUUGCUGAGGCCGGCAAGAUCAAUGAAAGUUUGAUGUACUUGGGACAAUGCUUGCAAAUGCAGAGCAAUAUUCAAGAUGGAGCCAAGACUGCUCUUGUGCCAUUCCGACAGUGCAAGCUCACCGAGCUGCUGUUUUCCAACUCGUUCCCUUCAUCUAAUCAAGUGUCCCGCGGUCUUCAUCCCCAGAAGGCAGUCAUGGUCGUUACCGCCGAUCCUCUGGGAGAUUUCAACGCCACUUCGCAAAUUCUGCGAUAUUCAGCAUUGGCUCGUGAGGUCACCGUUCCUCGUGUUCCCUCCUUGACUGGCUCGAUUGUCUCUGUCACCUCCAGUCAUCACCGUUCUGUUAGUGGACGGACUACGCCACAUGAUACAUCUGCCGAGGAACUGGAGCGCGCAGUGGCCGAGAUCAAUCGACUCACCAACGAUUGCCACAGCAUUGCAGUUCGACUCGCUGAAGAAGAGAUUGCACGGUCUGAGGUUGAAUUCCGUCUGAAAGCAGCCGAAGAUAGAUGUGUCAUGAUUGAGCAAGAGGUUCGUGAGGAGUGUUGGGAAGAGAUGGAUGAAAUGAUGGAGGAAGAGCGUCGGCGCUGGCAGAAGGCUUGGGAUGAGCAGCUUGGCCGCAACGAUGAACACAUGGACAAGAAGAUCGAACUUGUCUCUCGUGGUUUCAACAUCUACGAAGAUCCGGAGCCGUCCUCGAAUGAACGGGUCGAAGAACUCGAGCAAGAGAACGACCAGCUUCGCCGCCGUCUUGCCGCCCUUGAACGCGAAAUGAAUUCUCAAUCUCCCACUCGAAAGCCCCGGGCGAAACAAAUUUCUCCCAGCAAGGCGUCAAACUUGCUGAGCCGGGAAAGCGACAUCGAGAAUGCCUUGCAGCGCAUGAACCAAUUGCACCUGACUGACAGCAUGUUCCUCCCUGCGUCGCCUUCGUCAUCGCCGACUAAAAAAUCCAAAAGAAUUUCGACCAGGAAAUGGGACUUGGCUCCUGAGAGCGACGUUUGA